AUGGAUGAUAAGAAAAGAAGAAAUGAAGAUAGAAGACUUAAAUUAGAUGUGAUAUAAUCAUAUGGUAGUUUAUGUUCAGCAAAAUUUAAAGACAGCAUAAGUAUUAUAGAGGGUAGAGAAUUAAUAUAUUAAGUUAUUAGAUGAAUAAAGGAGAUUACUAUAUCCAGUUGGUAAAUUUAUAGCUUAAAAAUUUAUUGAUAAACCUGAUACUCAAUUUAUCAGAUUAUCUGAUAAUCUAGAAAUUGUUUCCUGUAUGACUGUUGCUCCUAACAAAAGGUACUAAAAACACUAUUUAAUUUUAAUAGGACAUUAGCAGUUGCAGAAAAAAUGAAAAAUGAAACAGUUCCUUAGUUAGUAAUUUAUAAUUUGAAAGCUCAUCCCAGUAAAAUGGAGGCUGAGAAAAAACCAUAUAAAUAUUUAGAUACUAAAUCAUCAACAUUUAUUAGUAUGGCAUUUUCACAUACAGAUUCUAGGUAAUAAUUUAAAUAUUAAAUCGACAUUAGAUUUUUACUAUGUUUGACAGGUCCUCCAGAUUAUCUAUUGAUUUUUGUAGAUUUGAUUAGAAUGAAACAUUUAGCUUUAUCUGCAAUAGGAUAAGAGUUAACAAGAGUUUCAAUAUCUCCUAAAGAUAAUCAUAUGGUAGCUGUAAGUGGAAAAAACUACUUUAAAAUAUUAAGAGUUUAAGAGAACUCCUUUAUUUCAUUAACAGAUUAAAUUAAGAGAUUAGCUCCAAUUUAGACAUUUACAGAUCAUGCAUGGUUUGAAGAAAAUAAAGUGGUUUUGGCAAAUGACAAAGCUGAAAUUUUUAUCAUUCAUGAUAAUGAUGUAAGACAAUAUAUAAAUAAUGCUUUUAAUGAUAUUAGAGGACCAGGAAUUUCUUCUUUAAUUGCUUUUUCUAAAGGAUUUUUGAUUGGAUCAGAUAGUGGACAUUUUGCACUUUGGAUUAGAGGUGAUGAUCAUGAUAAAUAGAAGACAGAAGAUGGUAUUGAAGUUAUAAUGGAUUUACAAUUUUUAAAGAAAUGGAGAUGUGAAAGAAAGAGUUAAGUUGUUAGUAUGGAUAUAACAAAAUAAGAAGAUUUAGUUGCAGUAGCAUUUUCUAAUAAUGAUAUCUGCACAAUAGAAAUGGGUUAAGUAUUACCUAAUUCAACUGAAGUAUUGGAAUCUUAUAAAAAUAAUGAGAAAUUCUUAAAGAGAGAAGUUAAAUUUGAUUUUUUAUUUAAUGGAUUUCAUAAUGCUCCAAUUACACAUUUAGAUGUUUGUUUAUAAAGACCUUUAAUAGUUACAGCAAGCAAAUAUGAUAGUACAAUUAGAAUAUGGAAUUAUGCUUAUCCUAGAUGUGAAUUAGCUCGUAAAUUUUAUUUAGGAGAUGAUGGUAAUUAAUAAGGUUUAGGUACAAAAGAGAAUUAGAGUACAACCUAAGAUAUUUCACCUUUAUGUUCAGUAGGUUUUCAUCCAACAGGUUAUUAUUUGGCAGCAGGAUUUUAAGAUAAAUUACGUAUUUUCCAUGUUUUGCAUAGUGAAUUACGUGCUUAUAAAGAAAUGGCUGUAAAAUGUUGCACAUAAGUGAAAUUUAGUAUAGGAGGUCAUAUGUUAGCAGUUGCGUAUCCAAGAGCUAAAAGCAAUCAUUAUUAUAUUAAUAUUUAUGAUGCAUAUACAAUGGAAUUUAUGCACACUUUAAAAGGUCAUAGUAAUUAAAUAACUGAUUUAAUAUGGGGAAUCAAAGAUACAUUUUUGGCUAGUUGUGGAUUAGAUGGUAGUAUAUUUGAAUGGAAUCCCAAUGAUUGGUCUAGAAAAGAUUAUGUUUAUAAUACAAAUAAAUAUACAUCAUUAAUUUAUGAUCCACCUAUUGGUAUGUUAAUAGCUGCAGGAACUGAAAGUAUUAAAGAUAAAACAGAGCAAGAUAAAAUUGAUACUAAAUAUAUAGUUAGAGAAUAAAGAAUUGUUUAGAAUGGAAUAAGUACUGGUAAAGAUCAUCAUUUUCAUGAUCUUGGUUAAUAAAAAUUAACAUAAUUAGCUUAUAUUUAAUCAUUAUAUAAUCAAUUUGGAAUUAUAGGAGGUACAGAAAAUGGAUAAAUAAAAAUAUAUUCCUAUAUAUUUAAUCAAAUGGCUUUUGAAACUAUGCCUGUUCAUUAAGGAGAAAUUACUAGAAUUAAAUGUAGUCCAGAUGGUAGAUAUGUAUUCUCAACUGGAACUGAUGGUGUUCUAUUUAUAUAUUAAGUUUCUGAAAUUUCUAAUGAUGGUUAGAUUUAUGCUUCUAAAACAGGAGCUGAAGCUAAAGAAUAGAUGGAUGAUAUUGAUAAAAUUAAUCCUAAGGCUGGAGUUGUUGAUGAAAAUUUAGCUGAUGUUUUAUUAGUCUCUAGAAAUGAAAUUGAAACUUAUAUUGCUGAAAUGAAGAAAUUACAUAAUGAUUUAUAGGAUCUUGAUUAAAAGACUGAUUUUAAAGUAUAAGAAGAGAAAAGAAAAGUUGAAAAGGAAAAAUUAGAAAUUGAAAAAUAAAUGAAUAAUGAAAUUGCUGCUUGGGCUGCACGUUAUGAUUAAUUAAAGGCUUAAAAGUCAGCUGCAGAAAAAGAAUCUGCUAAUUUAUUUAAAAAUGUAGAAAAUAAUCAUUUAAAAGCUGUUGAAGAAUUAGAAAAUUUAUAUGAAAGAAAAUUAGCAUUUGAGAAUGAAAAAUAUCUAUAAUUAGAAUAGGAUUUAAUGGAAGAAAGAAGAAGGAAUUAAGCUUAAGCUAAAGAAUUCGAAUCAAAACAUACUUCAUAUAUUGAAGAAUUAAAAGAGAAGUUUUAUAAGAAUUUCUAAAUUACAGCCAAAGCUUUAGAGAAUAAUUAAAAUCAAGCAGAUUAAUUAAAAGCAACAUAUGAAGAAAUCUUAGCAUAAUAAGAAGAAGAUCAUGAAUUUGAAAUUAAAGAUUUAAAUGAUAGAUAGAAAAAAGAAAUUGAUAGACUUAAAUGUUUAUUAGCUGAAAAAGACUCAAAGUUUAAAUAAGAGUAGAAAUUAGUAUAAGAAUUAAGAUUAGAAAAUGAAAAAUUAGAUAAAAGAUUAUAAGAGAAGGAAUAAGCUUAUUAGUUAUUAGAGAAAAACCUUAAGGAAGCUGAAACCAAAAUAGAUGUUUAAUGUAAAGAUUUAGAAGAUAAGGAUGAUCAAUUAAAGAAAAAAGAUAAAAAGAUUUCAGAAUAUAAAGAUAAAAUUAAUGUUUUACAAAAAUCUAAACAUGUUUUAUCAUUUAGAACUACAGAAAUGAAAAAAUCAUUAGAACCUAAGGAAGCUUAAAUUGAAAAAUUAAAAGAAGAAUUAUUUAGAUUAGAAAGUGAAUUUGCAAAAUAAUUAAAAAUUAAUAGUGAAUUGAAUUCUAAAAUUAAUGAAGAAACUAGUAAAACUAAUGCUCUUACUCAUGAUUUAAAUUUAUAAAUUUAAACUACUAAAAAGAAAGAAAAUAUUAUAUAAAAUAUUACUAGAGAUAUUCAUAAUUGUGUACAUUAUAUUGAUGAUAAAGUAAUAUAAUUUAAUUAUUUUAGGAAUGGAAAAAGGAAAUGACUAAAUUAUAUUAAAGAUAUGUCCUUUAAUAAGAAAUUAAAUAAAGUUCUAAUGAUCCUCGUUCUAUUGAAGAAAUGAAUAGACAUAUUAAUCAUUUAGAAAAGAGUGCCAUUUAAAUUAAUUCAAGUACAGAAAAAAUGAUGGUUAGAAGAGAAAAAGAAAUUUAUAAAAGAACUAGUGAGAAUUAAUAAUUAAUACAUGAAUUAAAUGAAAUUAGAAAAUAAUGUAAAGAUUAUGAAACAGAAAAAUCAAAUUUAAAAAUUGAAAAUGAUAAAUAUAAAAAAGAAAAUGAAAAAUUUAAAUAAGAAAUUAAAGUCUUAUAAACUAAGCUUGGUAAAAAUAUUGGAGAAGUAUUUAUAUUCUUAAAUAACUUUAGUAAAAUGUUGAGAUGAUGAACGAAGAUGUAAUGUAAUAAUCUUAAUAACCCAUAUUACCUUCAGCUUUGAAUAUUAAUAAAUAAGGAAGUGCUUAAGCUAGACUAUAAUCACUACCAUAAAAGAGUAAUAAAGUAGGUAAAAUCUUGAGAGGUCCCAAUUUCGAUAAAUAAAAAUUAUAACCAUUUGAAUUCUAAAAGAAUGUAGAAUUAUAAAAUUAGUUGCAAAUUGCUAUCAAUUAAUUACAAGCCAAUGAUGCAAUGAUUAAAAAUUUCAAAAAGAUUCUUAAAGAAAAAGGCAUUGAGGAUCCAUAUGCUGAUGCUGAAUAAGAAUAAAGUUAAUUUGGAAGACCUUUAAGCUCUAUAUUUGGUAGUAGAGUUUGA